AUGUACACCCACAUCCGUAACGCAGGCGAGAGGAUUCAGUGGUCAGGGUCGGGUAAGCUGAGCGUGCACUCGCCGGUGGACGACUCGCUUCUCGUGCAGCUCAACUCGGGCCAGCAGCAUACCACGACCAUGACGGGCCACUAUCGGCUGGCGCUCUCGAACGACCAGACCGGCUCAUGGGACAUCGACACACGGACCUCGGGCGGCGCAUCAAUCAAUGGUCGGCUGUGGUCCACCAACUGGCGGCUCAAUGCAGGAUCGUUCUCGGGCGCCACAGAUGCCUCGUUCUACUCGCCCUUUACCUCCACCCUUGGCGACAAGAUUGUCGAGGCCCGGUUCGAGGGCCUCGCCGGCUACAUCUACUCGGUCUUUGCCACCACCGACGGCAUUUUCACCAACUCGCCCACCUGGAAGUCAAUCGGCAAGUCGGGCCACGGCGUCAAUCCGGCGCUCGCCCUCUACCUCGCUCCGCCCGAGGCCAUCACCGUCUCGGAGAACAUUCCGUUUGUCACAGACACCGCCCUCGAGUACGUCUCGGCGACUUGCCACGACAAUGUGCUGAGCUGCCAGGCCUCGACCCAGAACCUCGUCAUUCCGCGCAUUGUCUUUAGCACUGGCUCGACCGGCAAGUACUCGGUCAUCUGUGACCUCAAUGGUGACGGUGGCUACGACUUUAUUUCCGAUUCGGACAUUCGCCUCGACGGCAUCUCAGCGAUUGGCCAGAAUGUCAUUGUGUGGGACGGCCGCGACGGCGGAGGCAAUCUGGUCAAUCCAGGCAACUACUCUUGCAAGGUCUUUGUCUACGUUGCCCAAAUCCACUUUCCGCUCGACGACGUCGAGACCGUGUAUCCGGGCCUGCGCCUCUUCUCGAUUGCCCCGGACGGUAUCUCCAAGCUUGGGCUCUACAUGUUCUGGGACGACUCGCUUGUCUCGUACACGCCGGUUCUCAUGCCCAACGGCGAGUACUCGAUCGACACGCCGCCCGACACCCUUGCUGGCAUGUUUGCCGGCGACUACGCGGACCCUUUCAAUCCCAACGUCAAUUCCCGCGCAUGGGGCAAGUUCCAGUCGGCGUCCAAGGGCAACAACGCGUACAUCAACACUUUUUCCCUUGUCGAGCGCAACUCGUCCGACCCGUUUAUCAUCGAGAUCCGGGACGCCACCUCGGUCAACUGUCCGUCCAACGCCUCGCUCUCGUUCUUCCCCGCCAACGUCACCGAGGGCGACUAUGGCUCGACCUUUGUCACUGUCACCUACGCAUUCACCAUCCCGCUCCCCGACGCCCUCACCCUUUCGCUCGUCACCAUCGACGGGUCCGCCACCGGCGGCGGCGACGACUACGUCACCCCACCGGCCACUAUUGUCCUUCCCAAGCACUCGAUGUGCGGCGACUUUACCCUUGAGGUCGUGGCUGACACCACGUCAGAGACCGAUGAAGACUUUACGCUCAACAUCGGCAUUGCCUCGGCGAGCUUCCCAACCUCGAUUGUGGAGGGUGCGUCGACGGUAAUCGUCAUCUUCAACGACGACCCGCUCCCAUCGAUUGGCUUCUCUACAGCCUCGGUCUCGGUCGCCGAGGGCUUUUCCGGGACAACCACCGUCAGCCUUGACGUCAUCAUGCCGUGGGGCGUCUCAUCGCCGGUCAACGUCGUCUUUACCACCAAUCCCAACACUGCCACUGCGCCGUCCGAUUACAUCGCUCGCAUCAGCGAGUCGAUUGUCAUUCCGGCCGGCGCCACCUCGGGCACCAUCACCGUCGACAUCGUCGGAGACAAUCUCCGCGAGGACUCGCCGCCGGAGGAAGACUUUUCGGUCUAUCUCGACUCGGCGUCGGGACUCACGUUUGACACUCGCACGGCCGUUGUUACUAUCGUUGACGACGACCCAACCGACCCGGGCAUCUCUACUGCGCUCCUCGCCUCGUCGUCGACAUCCGAGACGGGGACCUCAACCAGGGUCUCUGUCGUCCUCGACGCCCCGCCGCUCGGUGAAGUCCACAUCCCAAUCUCGAUUGCCACCAACACCGACGAGGCCUUUGUCCUCCCGCACUGGCUCACCUUUGGCUACGGCAACUGGUCCACACCGCAGACGGUGACCCUUACUGGCAUUGACGACGCCAUCGACGACGGCGACGUAUCUUACACCCUCGCCGUGGGUUCGGCCGGCUCCCCGGCCACCUCAUCCCGUCGCGCCUGCUCUGCCUCCUUUACCAACGUCGACGACGACACAGCCGCAAUUGUCGUCUCGGCUCUCAAUCCGGGCACCGGCACCACGGAAGAGACCGGCCCUGCCAGCACGGCAGAGUUCACCGUCGUCCUCGCCACCGAACCGACGGCCACCGUCACCGUCCCAUUUGCCUCGUCCGACACCGGCGCCGCCACCGUUCCGGCCUCCAUCGCCUUUACCACCGGUGACUGGAGCGUGCCGCAGACCGUGACCAUCACUGGUGUGGCCGAAAACGUUGACGACGGCGACACGCCGUACACCAUCAGCGUCAACGCCGCGACGUCUGCCGACGCAGUGUACAACUCGCUCGCUGCGAGUACCACCUCGUUCAGCCUCACCCAUCUCGACGACGACACCGCCGGCAUUUCGGUCUCGGCGCUCUCGACGUCUUCGACGCUCGAGUCUAACCCGGGCGCCACCGCUGUCUUUGACAUUGUCCUCACUUCAGAGCCGGCAGCCAACGUCGAGAUCACCGUCGCGUCGAGUGAUGUGACCGAGGGCACGCUCUCGGCCGUUCGCGCGCUUGCGCCGCUCGUCUUUACGCCGGGCAACUGGAACACGCCCGUGACGGUGACCGUGGCCGGCGUCAACGACGACUUUGAUGACGGCAACAUCGCUUACUCCGUCACACUCUCGGCCGCCACCUCGGCGGAUGGCACGUACUCGGGCAUGGUGCCGUCGGUGACCUCGCAGGCGCUGACUAAUGUCGACGACGACACGGCAGGCCUCGUUCUCUCGGCGCUGGUGCCGGGCCCGUCGAUUGACGAAGCCACAACCUCGGCCACCGAGUUUACCGCGGUUCUCACCGCGUCGCCGCUGACUGGGCACACGGCGACGUUUGCCCUGGCUUCGAGCGACGUGACCGAAGGCACGCUCUCGGGAGCUUCGCUCGUCUUUACCCCGGCCAACUGGGCCGUGGUCCAGACCGUCACAGUCACCGCGGUCAAUGACGACAUCGACGACGGCAACGUCGGCUUUUUGGUCUCGAUCGGGUCGGGCACGUCAGGCGACCCGGCUUACUCGGGCCUUGCGCCGCCGUUUGGCUCGUACGCGCUCACCAACGUCGACGAUGACACCGCCGGUCUCAUCCUCUCAGCACCGUCAGGCAAUACCGCCGAGACGGGCACAAGCGCUACGCUUGACCUGCGGCUCGCGUCCGAGCCGACGGCCGACGUCGUCCUCGAUGUCACCUCGCUCGACACGAGCGAAGGCACAAUCACCUCACCCUCGCCCGUCACCUUUACCUCGGGCAACUGGAAUGUGGUCCAGACCGUGACGGUCCAGGGUGUCGACGACGCCGCGAUCGACGGCGCCACUACCUACUCGGUCCGCGCCGCAGUCAGCUCGUCGGCCGAUGCUGUGUAUGCCGCCAAGCCGGCCUCCUCACGCUCGCUGGUCAACCUCGACGACGAGGCGUCGGCAUCAGUUAUCUCGUCAUCGAUCUCGAACGAUCUCGACGAGGCGCUCGCCCCGGGCCACACCGCCACCUUUACGCUGCAGCUCUCGGCCAUGCCGACUGCCCCUGUCUCGAUUGGUGUGAGCUCAUCCGACACAACCGAGGGGACAGUAACCUCGGUCUCGCCGGUCACUUUCACGAGCGUCACCUGGAGCACGCCGCAGACCGUGACGCUCACCGUUGCCGACGACGACGACGACGACGGCGACGUGGCGUUCAGUGUGGUCAUUGCCGACACGACGUCGGCCGACGCGACGUGGGACGGGCUAACCACAACCGAUGUCGACGUGACAACGCUCGACGACGAGACUGCGGCGUUGGUGCUCUCAGCGCCGACACCGGCGUCGGCAGAAACCGACGAGGCGCUGUCGGACGUGACGUUCACGGUCGUCCUCGCCGCCCGUCCGGCGUCAGAUGUUACAGUUCCGGUGGUCUCCAGUGCGCCCUCGCAGGCGGCAGUCACCUCGCCGGCCUCGCUCACCUUUACCUCGGCCAACUGGAACGUAGUCCAAACGGUGACGGUGACCGGCCAGCCCGAUGACAUCGACGACGGCAAUGCAGCGGUGACGAUCACCUGCGGUCCGUCGACCGGCGGCUUUGUCGGCCUCAGCGCCACCAUGCCGAUCGUCAACGUCGACGACGACACCGCCGGCUUUGUGAUCUCGUCGCCGUCGUCGCUUACCGUGGCCGAGUCUGGUACAACCUCGACCUUUACCGCUGUCCUCACCUCACAGCCUGUGGCUGGUAGCGUGACGCUCCCAGUUGCACUGGCCGCGACCGACGAGGCAAGCGUGACGCCGGCCUCGCUCGUCUUUACCACCGGCAACUGGGCGACGCCGCAGACGGUGACGGUGACCGGCGUCGAUGACGAUGUCGACGACGGAGACGUGACGUUCAACGUGGUGGUUGGCCCGUCGUCGGCGGCGUCCGACCCCAAGUACAACGGCCAGGCCGUACCCGGAGGCACGGUGGCGCUGACAUGCGUCGACGACGAUACUGCCGGCUUUAGCGUCUCGGCGGCGUCGGGGCCGAUUCCGGAGGCCGGCCCGGGCACCGCCACCUUUACGGUUGUCCUCACCUCGCAGCCGCUGGCGGACGUGACGCUGAGCGCGUCGUCGUCGUCGCCGGCGACGGGCGGGAGUGUGACGAGCGGCGCGUCGCUUGUCUUUACCACCGCCAACUGGGCAACGCCGCAAACCGUGACCGUGACCGGCGUUGACGACGACGUCGACGACGGUGACGAGGCGUUCUCGAUCAACUUUGCAGCCGCAGUCGCCGCCGACGGCGGGCCAGGUCCGCAGCUGUACAAUGGGCGGGUAGUGCCGUCAGUGGCCAUGGUCACCGCCGACGACGACACCGCCGGCGUUCUGGUCUCGACGCCGACCAAUGGCGGGCUUGUGGCUGAAAACGGCGGCUCGCCGACGCAAGCCGAGUUUACGGUGGUCCUCACAUCGCAGCCGGUCGGCUCGGUGACGCUCACGGGCCUCACCUCUUCUGACACGUCUGAGGGCACGGUAGGCGUCGCCUCACUGGUGUUCACCACCGGCAACUGGGCGACGGCGCAGACGGUGACGGUGACCGGUGUCGACGACGAUGUCGACGACGGCGACGUGGCGUUUUCGGUCUCGUUUUCGGGCAUGAGCUCGAGCGACGCCAAGUACGCAGCGCUUGUGGCGCCGUCGAUCGGGUUGACCAACGUCGAUGACGAUACGGCAGCGAUUGUGGUUGUGGGCCCGCAGCCGAGGCUUGUGACAUCCGAAGCCGGGCUCUCGGACACGCUGACGAUUGUGCUGGGCUCGCGUCCUGCGGCCGGCUCGAUGUUUGUGCCGCUCUCUGUGAGCGACCCGAUCGAGGCGAGCGUGACACCGACGGCCGUCACGUUUACGUCGGCCAACUGGGCAAUGCCGCAGACGGUGACGGUGACCGGCAAGAACGAUUUGCUUGACGACGGCGACAAGAACUACGGGCUGGUGUUUGAGCCUGCGGUCUCUACCGGUGCCGACUACGCCGGACGGGUCCCGGCCAACGCCACUUGGCCGGCGUUCAACAUUGCAGUCUCUGCGGCGCAGUUUAUUGUGGUUGGCCCGACAGGUCCCACCUCAGAGCUGCCAUCUGGGACGACAUUCACGGUUGCACUCGGCUCUGCGCCGAUUGCAGACGUGCGGGUGCCGCUUACAUCGAGCGAUGUGAGCGAGGGCGUGAUUGUGGUACCAGCGGCAAGCGAGCUCAACUUUACGGCGACCAACUGGGCCGUGCCGCAGGUGGUGACGGUCAUGGGCGUGACCGACACGCUCGACGACGGUACGAUCGACUACGAGAUUGUGAUGGGGCCUGCGGUGACGACCUCGCUCGACUUUUCGGGCUACUCGCAGUCUGUGGCGCUGCAAAACCUCGACUCGCUGCCGCAGAUCAACACGACCGUGCUGGGUGAGGCGGUGACGACCGAGGCCGGCGGGACGGUGGUGUUUGUGGUGACGCUGCUUGUGGCGCCGCCACAGGACGUGGUGAUGGGGGUGACGAGCUCUGAUCCGGGUGAGGGUGUGCCUGUUGGCGCGGCGCAGCUUGUGUUUGAGUCCGACACGUGGUUCGUUCCUCAGACGGUGACGUUCCAGGGCGUGCCGGACGGUGUUGCGGACGGCGACACUGCCUACUCGGCGGUUCUCCUCCCGCCGUCACAAGGCUCUGCCGAGUGGAUGGCGUUUGACCCGCCGGACGUGGCGCUGGUCAACCGCGACAUCUCGGUGGUGACGGUGACCGAGGUCUCGCCCGGGGUUGCACCUGCGCUCGGCGGGACGAGCCACACGGUGACGGGAAGCAACUUUUUCCCGGAUGCGGUGGUCGGCGUGGGCCUGUGGUACGUUCCGGUGGAGAACACGACGUUCAUUUCGUCGACGCAGCUUGCGAUUGUGGCGCCCGCGCAGAACGUGUCUGUCCUCCCGUUCAAGGCGACUGUGAACGUGACAAACAGCGACGGCGGGUUCGGAGCCAAGGCCGAGGCGCUCGAGUUUACCAACGACUGCCCGUUUGAGGGCAUGUUUGGGUCGGGGACCGACUGCGUUCCGUGCCCGUCGUGCGGGUACUGCCCAGGCGGCGGGCGGCGGAUUUGUGCGCUAGAGGGGUGCUGGAACACAGGCAUCGACUCUGGCGGCGCAUGGCCGUGCGAUCCGCCCGAGCGGUGCCUCGGCGGCGGGCGCGAGGCACCAUGCCUCCCGGUGUGUGCGGAGGGGUAUGCCGGUGACUUUUGCGCGAGCUGUGCGCCCGGGUUCUACGCGCUUGGUGACGAUUGCCUCCCGUGCGAGUCUGGGGCCGAGUCGUUCCCGUUUGCGGUCGUCCUCACGUACUUUGCGUUUCUUUCGCUCCUGGCGAUCAUCUCGUUCUUUGGCUCGUCGCGGGCGGUGCAUCUUGUGGGCUUUUUCCUCCUCAUGCUCCAGUGGCUCAUGGCGGUGGGCACGAUGGCGCCGAAGCGGACGCCUGCCAUGCUCAAGAUUGUAUAUCUGCAGUUUGGCGUUGCGUCGUUCUCUGUGGAGCUGCUCAAGCCCGGGUGCCUUGUAGAGUCGUCGUCGUUUCCGCUGGUGUUCUACUCGACACUCAGCCUGUUCUGCUUUAUGGGCCUUGUGAUUGUGGUCGGUGUGAGCGGUUCGUCGUUGUGGCAGACCAAGGUUCGGCGCAAGAGCUGGGCCGAUGAGGUCCGCGCCGAAUUCUGGAAGCGGCUGGGACGAUCGCUCACCAUCUUGCUCUCUGUCGGCUACUUUGCGCUGACGACGAUGGCGCUGCGUGUGGUGCACUGCGUGGAGACGCCGUUUGGCAGCUACAUGCAGUCAGACGCGUCGGUCAAGUGCUACGAUUCGACGCACUCAACGAUGAUGAUUGUAGCGAUUGUGGUGCUUGUCCUCGUCACGAUGGGCUUUCUGCUCAUUGCCUUUGUGCGACAGUACAGGCACCACCGCAAGCAGCAGCUGGCGUUUGCGCUUGCGGAGAUUCAGGCAGCGCAGUUCAACAACAUGCUCAACGACGAGGCUGCGGCGGCGGAGGAGGCCGCAGUGGCGCGCAAGUACCUCGACGAGGAGCGGUGGUGGUUUGCGUUUGCGUGGCUCUCGUCGAUGCUUGCGCUUGCGGUGGCGUCGACGAUUCUGACCGAGUACCCGGUGUGGCAGUUUGUGCUGUGCGCGGUGGUGUUUGUGGCUAUGAUGGUGAUGGCGCUUGGUGCGCAGCCGUUCCUCGCGCAUUGGCGGAAUAAGGCAGCGGCCGUUUUCGCCGGCUUUUGUCUCCUCUGCGCCGCAUUUAAUCUCAUGGCGUCAACCGAGUCGAGCGUGGAGACGUCGCUGUUGGAGAACGUGUCGUACGGGCUCCUCGCGCUGCUCUUUGCCAUCCUUGUAUUUUUCGCGGUCCUUGUCUUUCGGUCGGUCCGGCGCAACUUGUACUAUAAGAUCAAGGACGCCGGUGAGGAGGGCGUGCUGGCAGACGAAGACGGACGCGAGGCCGUUGAUCUGGACCGGCUGUUUACGGUCGACAAGCCAAGCGCGAGGAGCGGGGCUGCGGCAGGAGGCGCCGCUGCUGGCGGUAUCGGCGGCGGGCUGCAACACGACUCGCCGUCGGUGGCUAACCCGAAGGGGCUGGCGCUGAGCAACCAGCUGUUCAACGACGCUUUUGGCAAGAGCACGACGCCCGCGGCGACGCCGGCGCCGCCGCCGAUGGAGCGGGCGGUGUCGACGCCUGGCGGCAUCGGUCGCGACGGGGCCGGAGUCGGUGACGCCGAGAGCACCAAGCCGGCGACAGCGGCAACAGCGGUGACGGCAGAUGGUGACGUGGCUAGGCCGGCGCGACAGGGCUCUAGGCGGCGACAGCCGCUGUCGGCGCGGACGCCGGCGACGGUGACGCCGAACGCGGGGGCGGCUGUGGUCCCACGGUUCACGAACCGGCAGGUGGCGACGCACGGGCGGCAAGAGUCGACAACGUCGCACGGGUCGGGCGGAAGCAGCGGGCAGCGGAUGCGGCGGUCACGAUCGCGGUCGCGGCACGGCUCGCGCAAACGGUCGCGGUCUGCGUCUGGGACGCGAACAUCGCUCCGGUCAGGCUCGCGCGGUGGGCUGAUCAAGAGCUCUGUGGUCUCGGGCUCGACAUCGCUUGGCAGCGACGACGACGACGACGACGACGAGUCGUCGUCCGAGGUCGAGCUCGAUGUGCUGCGUGGGCACCGGCCCGGGCAAGUCAGCCUCGGCGGCCCGAGCCGGAUCCGGAAGCGUGUGAGUGUCGGCGAAGCCGGGCGGGCCGAGUCGCGGCGGAUGUCGAUCCACUGACAGAACAGAGAUAAAGCGCCGUGUUGUGCAA